AUGCCUGUGCUGCCUGUUGCCGCCCGUUGCUGCCCGUGCCUGUUGCUGCGUGUUGCUGCCCGUGCCUGUGUUGCCCGUUGCCGCCCGUUGCUGCCCGUGCCUGUGCUGCCCGUUGCCGCCCGUUGCUGCCCGUGCCUGUGCUGCCUGUUGCCGCCCGUUGCUGCCUGUGCCUGUGGUGUCUGUUGCUGCCCGUGCCUGUGCUGCCUGUUGCCGCCCGUUGCUGCCUGUGCCUGUGCUGCCCGUUGCUGCAUGUUGCUGCCCGUGCUUGUGCUGCCCGUUGCCGCCCGUUGCUGCCCGUGCCUGUGCUGCCUGUUGCCGCCCGUUGCUGCCCGAGCCUGUGCUGCCUAUUGCUGCCUGUUGCUGCCCGUGCCUGUGCUGCCCGUUGCCGGCCGUUGCUGUCUGUGCGUGUGCUGCCCGUUGCCGUCCGUUGCUGCCUGUGCCUGUGCUGCCCGUUGCCACCCGUUGCUGCCCGUGCCUGUGUUGCCCGUUGCCGCCCGUUGCUGCCCGUGCCUGUGCUGCCCGUUGAUGCCCAUUGCUGCCCGUGCCUGUGCUGCCUGUUGCCGCCCGUUGCUGCCCAUGCCUGUGCUGCCUGUUGCCGCCCGUUGCUGCCCGUGCCUGUGCUGCCUAUUGCUGCCCGUGCCUGUGCUGCCUGUUGCCGCCCGUUGCUGCCUGUGCCUGUGCUGCCCGUUGCUGCCUGUUGCUGCCCGUGCCUGUGCUGCCCGUUGCCGCUCGUUGCUGCCCGAGCCUGUGCUGCCUGUUGCUGCCCGUGCCUGUGCUGCCCGUUGCCGCCCGUUGCUGCCCGUGCCUGUGCUGCCUGUUGCCGCUCUGCUGCUGUCCGCGCCCUUGUGCGCUCUGGGGGUGUCUCUGCAUUAG